AUGUAUCGUAACUGGUAAGUAUUUGUGGCCUAUAUUUUUGUGAUAUAUUUCUUUGUAGGGACAGCUGUUUAUACAAUAAUAUAGUCAAAUAUUUAACAUAAAGGACGCAUUGUUCAUGAAUAUUUAUAUUAUUUGCUACUGUAUAAACUGAAUCUAAUUUGCAUGUUAGGAAAAAGAAAAACAUUGGUUAUGGGCAACAUCCCGACAGAGAACCUGCCACAGAAAAGCCACGAAGCCACCGAUCUCUUGUGAGGAAAGUUGACAAUGCUGUCGUUGAAAAGCCAACAACGUCAACAUCGUCUCGGAUCAAGCCACGAUUUGCCGAUAUGGAGGAUUUUACAAGGCAGCUUGACCAGAUGACAACUGAGCCAUGGCAAAUUGACAAAUCCUACGAGGGUGAGAUACGGAUCGAGUUUUACGACAAGAGUCAUUGUGCUCCUAAUUACAGUGUUGUUGUGAAUUCAUCUCUGGAAUUCACUAUAUUUGUAUUCAGCUGGCCACUACCUGACCACCAUCUAAUUUAUAAGGAACAUAAAUGUGCUAUUUAG